GAAAAAUAUUGCAGUGGAGAGAAACCCUAUGUAUGUAAGCAAUGUGGGAAAGCUUUUAACACACAGGCAGGUUGUAAAGAUCAUGAAAGGAUUCACACUGGAGAGAAACCCUAUGUAUGUAAGCAAUGUGGGAAAGCUUUUACCAGACCUGGACGUUGUAAGGCACAUGAAAGAAUUCACACUGGAGAGAAACCAUAUGUAUGUAAGCAAUGUGGGAAAGCUUUUACCAGACCUGAAUGUUGUAAGCAACAUGAAAGAAUUCACACUGGAGAUAAACCAUAUGUAUGUAAGCAAUGUGGGAAAGCUUUUAACAUACGUGCAAGUUAUAAGGUUCAUGAAAGAAUUCACACUGGAGAGAAACCAUAUGUAUGUAAGGAAUGUGGGAAAGCUUUUAACACAUGGGGAUACUGUAAGCAACAUGAAAGAAUUCACACUGGAGAGAAACCCUACGUAUGUAAGCAAUGUGGGAAAGCUUUUAACACACGUGCAAAUUGUAAGGUUCAUGAAAAAAUUCACACUGGAGAGAAACCAUAUGCAUGUAAGCAAUGUGGGAAAGAGGACUCUGCACCUACUGGAUCCCAGCUUCUGGACCCGCCCCUUGCCCACCCCUCACACCGCUUGACCCCACCUCCUGGUCUCAAAGGAAGAUUAAACUUCAUCAGGCCCAACCUGGGCGGGCUGCGCCCAUGGACCACCCUGAGCCACGCGCCUGCACAUCCCAGCUCAGUCCCGCCCCGCCCCGGCCUUGCUUUGUAG